ACCGACUACAUUAGCACUUCACUGUACAACCAUACCACGCGCACAGUCAAAAUCUAGGUAUCCAUACAUUUGUCGAACUUGAGACCUCACGUCUUCAACUUUGGCCAUCUUCAUUUCCGCAAUGGCAUCUACCAUCAACGCACCGGACGGGUGGACAACUGAGCCUGACGAGAUGGACCUCGACUACUACUGGGCCGACGGCGUGCGAGGGAAACAAGCAGCUGCGUAUCGAGGCUUGGAUAACCCCACGCCUCUUAUGCGCUUGAGCCUGAGCGAUGGAGGGGAUCAAUUUCUCUUCACUUCAGGUGGCAAGUUUUACUUGUGGAACAUGACGUCGGACGAUGUUUCAAUCAUCAUCUCGCCAACAAGUCAGGAGGAUAUUGUCAAGGCUCUUGGCGCCAUGCUCACCGACGCUGGCUCCGAUAAUCUCAAGAUGGAGUUUGUAGAUUCGAAGGAGUAGACCAGAGAGUCAGCUAAAGCGGGGGUUGCAGAGUUCGUUCUAGUCUACUGCACCACUUGGUUGAGGGAAAUCUCCUCAACGCCACAACUGGGAGCGAAUGCCAGACCCCGAUGUGAUAGGGCAAUGGAAAGCAGGGGUAUGAAGUUGCUCAAUGAAUUCAAUGAUUGGAUGAU